AUGUCUGAGGAAACCUCGGGCGGACGGACCGAGCGAGCCGAGCGGACUGACGGGCGGGCGAGCGAGCGAGCGAGUGCUGGCGCUCGGGCUGCGCGUGGCAGCCGGGCAGGCGCCAUGGCACUGACACGGGCCGGGCUGGGCCUGGAGCUGGACGCGGCCGGUGAGAUGCGCGCGGGGCGGACAGGCGGCCCUGGAGCGAAGCGAGCCUGGAGCUCGGGCUGCCCCGAGGCCGGCCCUGUCCUCCUCUUCCCUGUCAGAGAGCCGCCCUCACGCGGCGACUCGUGGGUCACUGUCGGGGGUGGCGGCGAAGCGGGGCCGCGAAUUCCUUUCCCCCACCGGGCGCGGCGGCAGCUCCUUGGGAUUGUCGAAGCGGAGCUUGUUGGGGCGACAGAGCCCUCCUUCGGCUGA